AUGUCUGAAAUGUUUAUAAUAUUAUUGUUAUUUCUUACAUGUAUUAACGCAAGAAGGUUUUCUGAAGAAGAAUAUCCCGGAAACUUCUAUGACACCAACCAAUUCGAUAAAAUAAAUGCAGCUUUGCAAAUGUUAGAGCAUGCUCCUGAGUGGAUACCAAACUGGCCUAACCCAGCCAUUGAAAUGGGUCAAGUGUCAGGAGUAGCCCUUGACUCAUCAGGACUUCUCUAUGUGUUUCAUCGGUCAUCUAAUACUUGGGACAUUAACACAUUCACAGAGACUAAUGCAUAUCGGAGGAUUGGUGAUAAUCCAAUACCUCAACCAACUAUUUUAAUCUUCAAUGAAACUGGGAAACUCGUUGACUCAUGGGGACAAAAUUUAUUCUACAUUCCACAUGGCAUCACAGUUGACAACAAAGGCAAUGUGUGGGUGACAGAUGUUGCUCUCCAUCAAGUGUUCAAAUUCACUCCGGACAACCGCACCCAUCCUGCAUUAACACUUGGGGAGAAAUUCGUGCCGCGUGACGACGACACGCACUUCUGCAAGCCGACCGCGGUGGCGGUGAUGUCGACGGGCGAUUUCUUCGUGGCGGACGGAUACUGCAACUCGCGUAUCGUGAAGUUCGCGCCCGACGGCACCAGGAUACUGCAGUGGGGGAAACAGGGCGGCGCGGGGUCGUACGCGCUGCGCGUGCCGCACGCGCUGGCGCUGGCGGAGGCGCGCGGCGAGCUGUGCGCCGCCGACCGCGAGCACGGGCGCGUGCUGUGCUACCGCGCCGACUCCGCCGCCUACGUCGCCUCCUACAGCCACUGGCUCGUCGGCGCGCGCGUCUUCAGCGUCGCCUACUCGCCCGCGCACGGCGGUCAGCUGUACAUCGUGAACGGGCCCACCAACGGCGUCGUGCCGGUGCGCGGGUACGUCAUCGACUACAACACGGGCAAGCUCGUCAAGACCUUCGCGCCUAAAGACGGAUUCAGCAACCCGCACGAUGUGGCGGUGAGCGCCGACGGGUCGCGCGUGUACGUGGCGGAGCUGGACCCGCACCGCGCGCUCGCCUUCCGCGACGUCGCGGCCCCCGGGCUCCCCGCUGCGCAGUCUCCCGGGGCUCCCGCCGCAGGCUCCCCAGCCGCCGCGGCCCCCGCCGCGCCCCCCGCUAAGCCCACUGCCACCACUGAAGUGUCAGGCGGUGAGUGGGAGGUGUGGGGAGCGUGGGGCGCGUGGGGCGGCGCGGCUGGCGCGCUGCUCGCCGCCGCGCUGCUGCUGGCGCUGUGCGCGGCUCGCUCCCGCGGACGCAAGUCUAUCAGUCGCCGUCGCUGGGACUACGGCCACAGUGAGUUCAAGCUACGCCGGUUUCUGGAGCGUCGUCGCUUCACGCGGGUGCACUCGGACGACUCGGAGGACGAACCCGCGCCCAUGUUACCACCCACAGCC